UACACGGUAGCUAUCAAGUUUUCAAUUCUGCUAUCGUACCGAAGGGUCUUUCGGAUUCCCUAUGUUAUGCACGCCACAGCGGGGGUGGCCGCGGUUGUGUCCGCCUGGGCGCUGGCUUGUGCUCUGAUUGUUUGCCUCCAGUGCAUCCCUUUGCAGGGUUACUGGGAUAAAUCUAUUCCCGCCAAAUGUUGGGUCAAUAGCCGGGAUUAUUUUCUGGGCAAGUCUAUCCCAGACACGGUCACAGAUCUGUGUAUACUGGCUAUUCCGCUAAAACCGAUCUGGGAACUGCACACCAACCGAAUGCAGAAAUUCGUGCUUACGCUAACUUUUCUCGUGGGUGGGCUGUAUGGUGUGCUAAACGCUGACUGCAUCGCUAAUGUGACCGUCAUCUCCAUAAUCCGGCUUGUGUGCCUGCUGAGAGUCGAUCUGAGCUCGGAGGACAUUACCUGGAACUUUGUACCGUACCUGAUCUGGACGUGUGUCGAGUUGAAUGUUGGCACAGUUGCUGCGUGUCUCCCCUGCCUGCGACCCUUG